AUGGAGGUUCGAGAUGGAUCAAAUACGUCUUUCUGGUUUGAUAAUUGGAUGGGUGCAGGGAAGUUGAUUGAUGUCACAGGGGCCAUUGGCAGAACAUAUUUGGGCCUACCGCGAAGAGCGCUGGUAUGUGAUGCGGUCUCCAGUGAUGGUUGGAGUUUGAGGAAUAAGCGCAGCAGGAGGUUCCAGACUCUAUACAAUCAGAUACUUGCAAUGCCGGUUCCUGAUGAAGACAGGGGAGAGGAUCUGGUUCUGUGGAAGCAAGGAGAGGACGAGUUUCAAGAAAGUUUCUCGACUGCAAGAACCUGGGAGCAGAUUAGGCACAAAAAGCCUAAGGUAGACUGGUCUGAGGCUGUAUGGUUCACGCAGAGCACACCUCGGGAUGAGACAAGAGAUCAUCUCUUCUUUGCUUGUCCCUACUCCUUCACUGUCUGGGAAGGUCUAGUGAGAGGGUUCUUUGGACGCAGGACCAACCCUGACUGGUCUACCACACUCAAUGCGAUCAAACGCAAGAGGGCAAAUAGACUGGACUCCAUCCUGCUCAAGAUGAUCUUCCAAACAGUCAUUUACCACAUAUGGAGAGAGAGAAACUCAAGGCGGCAUCAGGGCAACUGGGUAUCGACGAACCGAAUGCAUAAGGCCAUUGAUAGAUCAAUGAGAAAUAGGAUAGUGUCGCUGAAGUAUGACCCGCAGCAUCGAUAUGCUGGACUGCUACAGAGAUGGUUCGAGCUCACGGCUUAG